AUGGCCUUGCAGCAAACGCAUUCUACAAAAUCAAUAAGCAAACUAGUACCACAACAUCCAGAAUCAGCGGACGAUCUUAACGCGGCAUCGAAAGGCAAUACAAAGAAAGUUUUCACAUUUACGGAAAAGAAGGAAACGGGUGGACAAGCAGGAGAGAAGCCAUCGGGUAGCACUAGGAAAAGUGUAGACGAUGGCGAAUCGAGUAAAACGGGCAAAGGCAAAUCGAUAUUGGAAGAGCAUGGCAUUGUCAUUGGAAAGGUGAUUGGUGCCGGUAAUUAUGCCAAAGUUAAAAUUGGUUAUUCGGAAGAAUACGGUAAACGAGUGGCAAUUAAAAUUAUAUCAAAAGUCAAAGCGCCGUCCGAGUACAUACAAAAAUUCUUACCGCGCGAAAUUGAUGCCGUUAAAGGAUUGCAUCACGAAAACUUGAUCACCUUCUAUCAGAGUAUCGAGACCAGUCACAGAGUCUAUUUGAUUAUGCAAUUGGCCGAGAACGGCACGUUACUGGACUAUGUAAGAGAUAAAAAAUAUCUAGAUGAACCACAGGCUAAGAAUUUGUUUAAACAGCUCAUCAGUGCUGUGGAGUAUAUACACUCCAAGGGUGUGGUUCACCGUGAUAUAAAAUGUGAAAAUCUCUUAUUGGACGAAAAUUGGAAUAUAAAACUGAUCGAUUUUGGUUUUGCCCGUAAGGAUACACGCAGUAGCGACAAUCAGGUGAUAUUAUCGAAAACGUUUUGCGGCAGUUAUGCCUAUGCGAGUCCCGAAAUUCUUAAAGGUGUUGCCUAUGAUCCCUUUCUCUCCGAUGUAUGGGCUUGUGGUGUGGUUUGCUAUGCCAUGGUCUUUGGUCGCUUACCUUAUGAUGGAUCUAACGUUCACGUUCUACUAAAACGCAUAAAUGCUUCUUUGGUUUUCCCAAAAAAUCCCGCCGUCACGAACGAAUGCAAGCAUUUAAUUAUGCAUAUCUUGGCGCCACUCAAGAUGAGAUAUCGUAUACCGCAAAUAAAGGAAGAUCCAUGGUUAUCAAAAUAA